UUCUCGCGCUCGCGCGCAGAUAUGGCGCGGAAGUCGAAGCUGCUGCUGCUUGUCGUGCCGCUCCUGCUCGGCCCGGCCCUGGCGCGCAGCUCCAGCCGUCUGCCCCUGGUCGUCAACACCUGGCCUUUUAAGAAUGCCACGGAAGCAGCGUGGAGUACGUUGGCAGCUGGAGGUUCUGCCGUGGACGCAGUGGAGAGUGGCUGUGCCAUGUGUGAGCGGGAGCAGUGUGAUGGCACUGUGGGCUUUGGAGGAAGUCCUGAUGAGUCUGGAGAGACCACGCUGGAUGCCAUGAUCAUGGAUGGCACUACGAUGAACGUAGGAGCCGUAGGAGAUCUUAGACGAAUUAAAAACGCGAUUGGUGUGGCACGGAAAGUACUGGAACAUACAGCACACACACUUUUAGUAGGAGAGUCAGCCACCAAGUUUGCUGAAAGUAUGGGGUUUAUCAAUGAGGAUUUAUCUACCAAUGCUUCUCGAGCUCUUCAUUCAGAUUGGCUUGCUCGGAAUUGCCAGCCAAAUCACUGGAGGAAUGUUAUACCAGAUGCUUCAAAAUACUGUGGACCCUACAAACCACCUAGUAUCUUAAAGCAAGAUGGUCCUUCCUAUAAAGAAACAGGAAAUAAUUAUGGUCAUGAUACUAUUGGCAUGGUUGUAAUCCAUAAGAUGGGACAUUCUGCUGCUGGUACAUCUACAAAUGGUAUAAAAUUCAAAAUACCUGGUCGAGUAGGAGACUCGCCAGUACCUGGAGCCGGGGCCUAUGCUGAUGAUACAGCGGGAGCAGCUGCGGCCACUGGGGAUGGUGACAUAUUGAUGCGCUUUCUGCCAAGCUACCAAGCUGUAGAAUAUAUGAGAGGAGGAGCAGAUCCAACCACAGCUUGCCAGAAAGUGAUUUCAAGAAUUCACAAGUAUUUUCCAAACUUCUUUGGGGCUGUUAUAUGUGCCAAUGUGACCGGAAGUUAUGGUGCUGCCUGCCAUAAACUUCCAACAUUCACUCAGUUCAGUUUCAUGGUUUAUAAUUCUCUAAACAAUCAACCAACUGAGGAAAAAGUGGACUGCAUCUAAUCCAUCUUUUCUGUCAGCAUCUAUAUUUGAAGAAGAAACAAGCUGCAAAGGUUCCUGACUAUACUCACGGUAUAGGGUGCUUCAUGUCGUCUAAGUUCUGUGUCUAAAAUAAGCACAAAAAUAAAUUUAUGCUGAAGUAGCACUGUCACUUUCUGUAUCUGAAGUUUUUUUAUUGUCUAGUUUUAUUUAAGCUUUGUAUAUCCCCUGAAAAUGAAUAUGUGUGUGUUUUGUAUAUGUUUAAAUGUUAACUGAUAUUUGGAUUUCUGCUUAAUGUUUCAAGAACUUGCUACUUUGGGGAUUUAUUUCCAUAGUGAUGUAUUAAAGCAAAAAGAAAUAAUCUAUA